AGUGAGAGCAGCAUUGAAAUAAUGAUGAUGUGUGAUGUGUUCUCCAUCGCGUCACGGCUCGUCCCGCGAGACACAACCUUCCUGCAAGCCAGUGAAGUGCCCGAAGAAUUCAGAGAACCCGGCAUUCUCAGCGGGUAUCGCGCAUGCCCAGCAACUGUUCGAUCCUGCGCGGGCAGUCUGGUCAGGGCAUCCAAUGAAACCGUCAACUUCUGGACCCACUUCAUCCCGGGUGUCUUCUUCCUGUUGCAAGCCCUGGCCCACAUGGGUUGCAGCGAGGGUCCCUACGUGGUCUACCUGUUCUCAGUCGCUGUGUUCAUGCUGACGUCGAGUCUGGCUCAUGGGUUCUGGCCCGUGAGCACCCGGGGUCUCGACUUGUCCUUCUUCCUCGACUACGCCGCCAUGAAUAUUUACGCGUUCGGAUCCGCGUGCGGGAAUUACGCCUACUACUUCGCCCCGGGGUUUCAUGACACGACGUUGGGGAGACAUUAUGUGGGCAUUGCGGGCAUGCUGAGCCCGAUUUGCACGCUGAUCGCGUGCCUGUCUCGUUACCCGGGAUGCUGGAAGAUGCAGAAAAUAUCGCGUCUCGCAGGCUUCGCAGUGCUGUACACGUGGACAAAUCUCCCGCUCAUCUACAAUCUGACCGUGACCCAGCGAUUCGAUGACCUGGCUAACGAACUAAGCCAUGUCGUUUUGCUGACCAUAGCUGCCGGCGUAUACGGGUCACAUUGGCCAGAGCGCUGGUUCCCCGGCAGUUUCGACAUUAUCGGAAGCUCGCACAACUUGCUACAUGUGUUUGGCACCACAGCAGUCUACUAUCAAUUCUGCGGAUUGAGAAAAGCAAAAAAUCGAGGCUUCGUUCCUGGGAACUCCGCGGAUUUGCAGAUCUUUUCCGCGCAAGUCACCAGCAUGAUGGCCAGCGUUUUAAUGACAGACAUGGUGAUCAUCGUCACCUGCCUCCUGAGCAAAGCCCGGAAUUUUAGAACGAAGUUCAAGCAUGAAGAUUUCUGAAGUGUCACAAUGCGUCUUGGAAGGCAUUCACAUUUUUAUUUUGCUCGUUAUUUGUGGAAUGCAGACCAGAGAAGACGAUUCUAUGGGGCCAAUGUGAUUAAUGCCACUCUUCGAAAAAUUCAUCCGUUGGAAUCGAAGAAUCGAUAACUUAUCUGACCAAUUCGACCAUCCUUUUUGGAAUUUGCAGAACUGAAGGCUACUCUCAUCGUCAUUGAAAGCAUUUCAGAAGGAUCGUCAACAAAGAUCCAGUGAUCUGUUUUUCCAGUGACGUUUCGAGUAUCAACUGAAGAAAACGGCCAUUCCAAUAGGAAUCUUGUACAAAAAAGCAGACCUCGGAUAUUCCGAGUGACGCACUUUGCCUUGGGCAAGUUCCUACAAUUAAAGAAUUGCUCCCAAUAAUAUGCUUGGUUGUCCCACAAUGUUGCACAAAAAUCAAAAUUCAAGUUGAAUUGUGGAAACGAACAGACAUUUGAAAAUGAGAAAUGGUCGUUUGAAAUACAUUUUUUUUGACUGA